AAAAAUAAACAAAUAAAAAGAGGAAGACAGAGUAUGAAAAUAGCAGUGCCGACUAGUGAGUGAGAUUUCCAAUUUCCAAUUCCCAACUUGAUGAUUCCGCGUUAGCUCAUUCUCCACUUCGAUUUGAUUAAUCAUUCACCAAAACUCUCUUCCUCUUUCACUCCAAUCUCAAUUUUUCACAAAAUCCAAAACACCAUCAACAACAACACUUCACAAUUCAGAUCUACCCCAACACAAAAGGAAACAAAAUCAACUUCAAUUUUCCUCACCGCCCUCAAAAUGGCGCGGAUGCGGAUACUCUUUACUUCACUUUCCUUAUCUCUCUUUUUCGCGUUAUCAAUUCUCAACCUUGCACACUGCAAGACCCUUAAGCGUGAUGUUAAGGCUUUGAAUGAGAUCAAGGCUUCUCUGGGUUGGAGAGUAGUUUAUGCUUGGGUUGGAGAUGAUCCUUGUGGGGAUGGUGAUCUUCCUCCUUGGUCUGGUGUUACUUGUUCCACUGUCGGUGAUUAUCGGGUUGUAACAGAGCUGGAAGUGUAUGCGGUGUCGAUUGUUGGGCCUUUUCCUACUGCUGUUACCAGCUUGUUGGAUCUUACACGGCUGGAUCUCCAUAAUAACAAGUUGACAGGGCCAAUUCCUCCUCAAAUCGGUCGGUUGAAGCGUCUUAGAAUACUAAAUUUGAGGUGGAACAAACUACAGGAUGCAAUUCCUCCAGAAAUUGGGGAACUUAAAAGUUUGACGCAUUUGUACCUAAGCUUCAAUAAUUUCAAGGGUGAAAUUCCCAAGGAGCUCGCAGAUCUUCCCGACCUUCGCUACCUUUACCUUCAUGAAAACCGUUUGAUGGGAAGAAUACCGCCAGAAUUGGGCACUCUACAAAACCUCCGCCACUUGGAUGCCGGUAACAAUCAUUUGGUGGGUACCAUAAGGGAACUCAUCCGUAUUGAAGGUUGCUUUCCAUCACUACGCAAUUUAUAUCUAAACAAUAAUUAUUUUACUGGAGGAAUACCUGCACAACUUGCUAACUUAUCCAGUCUUGAAAUCUUGUACCUGUCCCACAACAAAAUGUCAGGAGUUAUACCAUCCAGCGUUUCUCUUAUUCCUAAAUUGACGUACUUGUACUUGGAUCACAAUCAGUUUUCAGGGAGAAUUCCUGAACCCUUUUACAAGCAUCCAUUUUUGAAAGAAAUGUACAUCGAGGGAAACGCAUUCCGGCCUGGUGUCAAUCCCAUUGGCUUGCACAAAGUGCUUGAAGUUUCUGAUUCAGACUUCCUUGUUUAAUAAAACUGUCUAUUUUUUUUCUUUCUUUCUGAAAGUCUAAUAGUUCUUGUUGUUAUCUCAAUGAAAUAGCCAAAAUAGGUGUUUCAAUUUUUGCCAAAUCUAUGUUGUCACUAUCAAUAAACAAUAGUUUUUUAAGCUUAUUAUUUAUGAUCUUUUCAUGUAUGUAGGAAGUUCAUUGUACUAUAGAUAGUUAUAGUUAUGUACUCUUUAUUUCAAAUUUAAAAACAGAGGAAGUAUAUUACUACCCCCUUCAAUA